UCAGCACCCUUUGUUGGAAAAAAUUGCUUGGACAUUAAGGAGCGAGGUCUCUCACAGGGAGAUGGCAUGUACUGGUUAAACCCGGACGGAGGAAGCCAUUCCAAUGCAUUUCUAGCCUACUGCGACAUGACGUCACACAAUGGAGGAUGGACCAUGUGUUACACUACCGAUGAAUAUGUCAAACCGAGGACCGAGGUCACAUACAACGCCUCUAUUCCUUAUGGAACUGUCGGCUACAGGACCAACUGCAACAACAUCUCUGUAAGCUGAUUGAAUAAUCCCUUAUCUCUAUGAACAUGGAUCGCCUAGUAUGUAUGCGUAUGGAUCUCGAAAUAUUAUUUCAUUUUUUUGUUUAUUGCAUGACGCACAAAUAGGUGUGUCGAUGUACCUAAUGAUUUGUUAGUAUUUUUGUGUUAAAUUCAAGAAAAUUUUUUAAACAAUUCUCUCCUCAUAAUGCAUUUCAUAUACUGGUAUCUAUUCGUUUACUGAACUGAAAAUAGCUGCUGCACUGUGCCUUCUUAUCUAAAGAAAAUACUUAAGCACAUAAAACCUGGACUAAGGCUGUAAAAAAGGUCGGAAUUUCACACCUUAUAAUACGAGGCUUUGUCUCCUUUUCCAGUUUACAGAGAUUAUGUUCUUGGAACAUCAAACUUUGGCUAACGGGUAUUUCAAGCGAAGACCCAACCAGCCCAUAAAGGCCAAUUUGAAUUAUGGGAACGGUGCUUCUACUUAUGGAUUGUGGGACGGUGUGGGAGUGAGCGACGCCUACGACUAUCAGCUACUGAUUUGUGAUACCUCAUUCUACAGUGGCUUCUUCGUUUCUGGUUACACAAAUUGUUACAAGCAGUGUAAUUCCUGGUGUGGCGAUAGAGUCUCCCCAUACUUCCGUACUGCAACUACCAGUUCGAGUUACUCUGGUGUGUCCUUUAACAUCAAUGGCAACCGACCAGUCAAUAAAAGGCUCAUCAGUGUCGGUCUGCGCUGA